UGAAAUCAUAAUGUUUUCACAAUAAAUUCACAGUUCAACAGUGUGAUCUAGUAAAUCUUUGCUUUUUUGGACGCACCAAUCCAAUCAUCAUUACUGCGGAUUUGGUUGAUACAAUCUAUGGAACUUUACGGGAAAGUAAUCAUUCAAAUGUCAACGUCAUUGACCGCAACUAUCAAUCCAGACAAAUCCCGAUAUUCAACCGCGCCUAUCCAACAUAUAUUCUUUCUGCUAAUUCAGCUAGUCAAUUGAAUAAAGAUCUGUUAUAUGUAUUGAAGUCAUCGUCGACAUGGAACAUUAAUUCUGUGUUUUUCAUCAUCGGAACCGACUCACAAUCUUGUAGUAACAUUUCGAAAAUGCUCCAAGUUCUUUGGAAAAUGAAUUUGAUCUCAGCUUUCUACGUCUGCUACGAGAUUGACGAUAAGGACACGAUGAUGAUGUACACUUAUAAUCCUUUUACCAACCGAGCUCCUGAACCGUGGGUGGAAAUGGAAUCAACCGACAGCCCAGACAGUCAAUGGAAUCUUUACAAACAGCCUUAUAUAAAUGACAAAGAAGCUUGUAAAAGUCUUACCUACGACAAAACAAAGUUUCUGGAUGGUUACAAAGUAAAAGCUGUUAGUAGAUCGUUAUUGAAUUAUACACGUGGUAAAAAAUACGAUAUUGAUUCUUUACAAAAACAUAACAAAUUUGAAGAUGUUAGUUAUGCGGAAACUUUAUUUUCUGCUUUAAAUGUUACACCCAUUAUAUACUAUGAUCAAAAUGGUUACUGGAUUAAUCAAACUGCAUCUGGGUAUUUGAAAGGAGUAAUCAAUAGUAUCUAUGAUUUGGCUCUCAAUUCCCGCAAGCUUGAACCUAUAUCCAAUAUCGAUUUUAUAAAUGUGAAUCGUCAAUCUUACUUCAUGAUUCUCACUCAGCGCAUAAGUAUUGUUCGGACAAUUAAAAACUAUGAAACAUUUUUAAAUUUUGAAAUUAUGAUCGUAAUAAUUCUUAUUUUAGUGUCAUCGUUCGUGAUUUUAGUAAUCCACAAUGGUCGUGAUUAUGCCAACACGUUCUUGUAUAUUAUUCGGCUCUCUAUAGGUACUGGAAUAGACGCACCGUUAGAUAAAUUACCGGUCCGCGUUACUUUUAUCAUGAUAACUUUGUUAUUUUUUGUCGUUACUCCAGAUAUACAAGGUGAAAUUUUUUUCUACUCGACUAAACCUGAACGGUCUUACCCUGAAAGUUUAAAAGAUUUGAGAGAUUUUAAGUUCAAUAUUUACCAUCCCAAGCACUUGGAUGACUUCAUGCUAGAACAGAAAUUAGUUUGGAAUUUGGACGAAACAUACUUGCGACCGUUUAGUUAUCAUCCGUCAACUUGCCACGAUAAAGUUUUAAAUGACAGUUCUAAUGCUUGUAUGGCUGUACUACAUUCUCAAGUACAAGCUUCAUAUGACUAUAACUUGCAUUUGGCUGAAAAAAAGUUGGAUCCUGUCUAUUCAUCUUAUUGGGUAAAGAAAGAUUGGGUCCUCAAGGAUAAAGUUCAGGAAGAAACCGAGAAAUUUCUAGAAUCGGGUCUUUUUGAUUUAUGGGAACGACAGCAAUUAAAAUGUAUUUUUGAAAAGUUCAGAGCUAAGGAAAUAAUUGAAAAUGCAGAUGCAGAAUAUGAUGAUAUCGAAUUUGAAAAUUUAGUAAGCUUUUACUUAUUUAUUUUUCUUUGUUUUUUACUUGGUUUAUUGAUUUUUAUCACCGAAAUACUAAUUAUAAAGUACAAGGUUAAAUGCGUCGGAGGUCGGCUUAUUCCAAUAAAAUAG